AUGUUUUCCAAUUUGAUUUCACUCGCUGUGGCCAUUGCCGCAGUCGUUGCCUUCUGGACCAUGUCCUCGACCUCGAUCUCACCUUUCACCCGCUCCUUCCCUAAACUCGUCAACAAGCGCAUCUGUCUAUUGAUCGCCCAUCCAGAUGACGAGGCCAUGUUCUUCGCGCCCACGGUUCUCGCCCUUACCCAACCAGAGUUAGGAAACCACCUAAAGAUUCUUUGCUUUAGCACAGGCGACGCUGAUGGCCUCGGCGAGACACGCAAAAAGGAACUACAGAAAAGCGCCCUCCACCUCGGCGUCCGGGAUGAAUCCGACGUCUUCGUCGUCGAAGACACAAAUCGCUUCCCAGACGGCAUGAAAGAAUACUGGAAAGAAGAAGAUAUCACCUCCCUUCUCGCAUCCGCCUUCGCGCCUGACCUCGCCGCUAGCCUGAAAGGCAGCAAAGCUAACCCCAACAAAGCACCCACAGCAACCAUCGACGUCCUCCUCACAUUCGACAAACACGGUGUCAGCAACCAUCCGAACCACCGCUCUCUAUACCACGGUUCGGUACAUUUCCUGCGCGCAUUAAUGAAGGAUAAAGCAGGCUUUGCGAGCCCGAUCACAUUGUACACGUUAACUUCGCUUCCGAUUUGGCGGAAAUACGCCGGUAUUCUUGAUGCGCCACUUUCCAUGCUACAAGGGGCUUGGAGUAAUCUUUGGACUGGACUGACGACAAAGAAGAAAGCGGAUGUUGGCCCGGCGAGGCUCCUUUUUGUUAGUUCAAUCGGGGAGUGGAUGACUGCUCAAUCGGCCAUGGUGAAGGGGCAUCAGAGUCAAAUGGUCUGGUUCCGGUGGGGGUGGAUUACUAUCGGUCGGUAUAUGACUGUGAAUGACUUGAAGAGGGAGAAGAUCUAG